AAGAAUAUAUGAAAAUAUAAGACAUUAUAUCUGAGAAUUUAAAAUAUUCAAGAAACUUCCGUAAAAAUGCAAACAUGCAGGAAAAAAUUCUGCGGCGCAUAACACAGAUAUGAAUAUCUAAAAAAUCAAUAACUUUCACUUUGAAUAAGUCAAUAACUUCUCCGAAUUUGGUCUAUUUUAGCUGUUAAUUCCUAAAAUAAAUAAAUAUUAAGAGAUAAGCAUAUUUGCGAAAUGACUCAGGCAACAAGCAUCCGUCUAUUUUGACGUCGAAUAACGUCAUUAAAGGUCAAAUUCUUACGUUUGAUAAAUUUGCUGUUCUUUUAUCACGCAUUCUGUUUUGAAUAGAGAUAUAUAUAUCAAUAUAAGAUCAGAUAGAGAUCAAUAUAUUUGAGUGUCCGAUUAUGUUUAGAUACUACCUGAAUAUAUACGAUAAUAUUUCGAAUAUCCAUGAAUUUGGGAAUGUCCGAAAUUUGGUAGGUAAUCGUAGACAUAUACAGAUUUAUCCUAGCACUAGUCUUUCUAUAAGAUGUGCGGCCGUAAAAUCUGAAUCACACGGCCGUCUGCGACCAUUCGUUCUCUUGUCACUGUCACCCUAAACAUCCUCGACACUUGGCUCGAACCCCCGGAUGAGCUGAGACACCGCGCGCAUGCAACUAUCACUCGCUUCCGCUUCCUCCGGGCGAGGUUUCCACCGAGAGAUCACCACCUUAAUCCUCGAGCUCGUUGUUCCGCUUGGUAUCCGCGAAAAGUAUCCGACGGCCGGUCCGGGGUCGCGGAAAAAUUCCGCGUCGCGGCGUGCCGAUUCGGAAUUCUCUUCUCCGAGAACCCUCCUGGAAACCCUGCGCGAGUAGUCGAGGGCGUGACUGCUCGCGAGACUGGGACGCGAUCAUUGGCAAGGUCGUGACCAGGGCGGACGCACAUCAAAGCAUUCUUCGCGUCGCGUUCGGAUUCGGUGCCGCUUUAAAGGCGGGGCCUUUGAAGACCCCGCAGCCAAUCAGCGUCGGCCGACGAGCGGAAACCUCGUGAUUUUUGAAAGCCGCAACGAACAGCGCGCAGCCGUCCUCGGGCAACUCGGAGCACUCCGAACCGCGCGCGACGCCGAGCUCCCCAGUGUGUUUUUACUCGGGGUUGAGUAAACUCCGGCCUGUUGUGUAUCAUAAUACCGCGGCGUGCACACGCGGGUUACUAACGGGGUUAGCGUGCGUCCCGCGUAAGCGGCACCGAGUCGCGCCGAUCAACUGAAUGCAUCUUCGCCUCUCCUACCUACGUCGCGGCAUCUCGCGUACACCUACCGUCCGUCUUUCGUGUGUCUGGGAAGAUUCCCGGUCAACAAAAUACCACGACGGAGCAGCAGCAUCCGCGCGGGGCGCGCCGCGAAUUCCAUGAGCCGUGUUUUUCGUCGUGGCGGCAUCAGCUGAGCCGUGAUUGCACAUAUAGGAAUUACUAUAUCGAUCUGCCUCGAGUUAGCACCCUUGGAUCGAGGCGAUAUAUGCAGUGACGAGUGCGCGUGCUCAAAAGUGCUCAAAGUGACGGGAUACGUGCGUGAGAUUUUUCAUUAUUCGUUCAAAUCAACACUGCGAAAGGCUCAGGAAGAUCCGACGCGUCCAGCUGGUGGGAAAACCAACCUAUUCUCUCGGCGAAUAAGAGUUUAAUAAUUGCAGUCUGAGAGAAAAGCAUAUAUAUAUAUAUAUAUAUAUCUCUACACGCGAUGAAAUAGAGUCAACAAUUUUGAAUACAUCGUUCUCUCGAAAUCAAACAAACCGAACAGAUUCGUCAAUGAAGAAACUAUCCGACGAAAAAAAACAUGUGUAUCGUGUAAUCAUCUCUCGAUAUAUAGCAGUGGAGGAAAAACUAGCGAGCGCUCUAAAUUAAAGACAAUUGCUCUCAGUCUAGCUGGAAAAGGGGAUUUUUCUCGACACACUUUCCGCGAUUACCCGCUGACCUUAGGAAAGAGAAGAUGCAUACGCUCUUUGGCGAGCAGAAUGCAUACUAUCGGCACGCGACGGCGGUGCCGGUGGGUAUGGGCACGCCGUCAUAUCCGGGGGUGGGUGCCGCCCCGGCUUACUACGAACAAUACAGCCGAUACAGCGGCUACGCGACGGCCGGGUAUCCCGUGUCGGGUAUCGGUCAGCAGCAUAUCCAUCACGCUGGGAAGGACAUGGUGAAGCCGCCGUACUCUUACAUCGCCCUGAUCGCGAUGGCCAUACAGAACGCGCCCGACAAGAAGAUCACGCUCAACGGAAUCUAUCAGUUUAUCAUGGAACGAUUUCCAUACUAUCGCGAGAACAAGCAGGGCUGGCAAAACUCGAUUCGGCACAAUCUAAGUCUGAACGAGUGCUUCAUCAAGGUGCCGCGCGACGACAAGAAACCAGGCAAGGGAAGUUACUGGUCCCUAGACCCUGACAGCUACAACAUGUUCGACAAUGGUUCUUACUUGAGACGUCGCAGACGCUUCAAGAAGAAGGACGCGCUGAAGGAGAAGGAGGAAGCGCUCAAGCGACAGGGUCUGGUCCCGGAGAAACGGGUGCAGGAGGAUAACAAGUCCGGCGGGAACCAGGUUGCGUUGCCGCCGCCGGACACGCCGGCGAAGAAGCUCGGCACUCUGGAGAACAGCAACGCCGGUCUGUGCAAACCUAAGCGGGAACCGAUAAACGAUCACGCCGGCAAUCAUUGCAUGGCUGCGGCGGUUCAGGCGAGCAAGUACGGCUUGCACAGCCCGAUACAGGACACCAAGACGACGACGGCCGUAGCGGCGCCCGGGCAGAGCGUCAUCCAGACUGCCCUGGGUCACCAGGUGCACCAGCCGCACCAGGUGCACCAGGAGCCGAUUCAGGACGUGUCCAUGGCUGGGCUGGAUCCGACCAGCUUCAGCGUCGACGCGCUGAUGACCACGCGGGAGAACAGCGGCGGUCUGAUGACGCGCGACAAUCAGCACCACUCGCACCACCCGCACGGUCUUCAACAUCCGCAUUCUAUCAUGAGCAGCAGGGAGUCCAUGGGCAACGGUAGCAGAGACCUGUCGUCCGCGUGCACCACCACGACCACCACGACCGCCGCGGUAGCCGCGAUGAUGGCCACCACGGGUUACGGGCACACCAGCACGGUCUCCCGGGGUAACGCUUCGCCACCUGGUUCGAUGUACACGCCGUACUGCGCGCCGGCGGCCGCCGGAUACGCCAUCAUGGACCACGCAGAGUACAACUCGGCGAGAAAUCACGCGUCCAACGCCGUGGGACACUCACAGUGGUAUCAGGACGCCGCGAGUCCUGACACAGCGAUCUACCAGGACACCCAGUCCCCGAGCUGUCAGCUUUACAGGUCCAGCCCGCCGACACCUCUUUCGACGGGCGCGGCACCAUCUCCUCCGCUAUAUCACAGAUAUUAUCAAGACUGUAGUGCUGUUAACACCAGUGGAAAUCUACCGAUAACGUUACAUAAGUACUGAGAAUAUCGAAAUUCAAGGUCCCAUCAACGGGACCUUGAAGAACACCACGGCGAGCAUUACGAUCCGGGCUUGGUUUACGUGAAACAAGAAUGGAUCCCCUCGACAGAUGAACUUGCCAAGGAAUGGAACUAGAACAAGUGUCACAGAGAGGAAGCUGGUAAAUGAUAUUAAAAAAAUGACGUAACUCUAGUUUCCUGCCCGUAUCGAAUCGUAUCUUCGUAUCACGGAAAAUCGUUAUCGGUAAUAUGUAGGCAAUUAGCUAAUGCGACGAUUAGGCGUAAUGAAUCGUGAAUGAAUGUUGUUGAGGAUAGUUUUGUGUGAGAAAUAGCUAAAAAACUGACUAUCGAGAUUUCUUAGUGGAAAGAUACGUCGGAAUCUGCAAUAUUGCUUUUCUCAUUUUUCUACAGGGUUGUAAUAUUUCAAUCAUUUUCAGUUGAUUUAAAAGAGAUUUGUUAAAUAAUGUUUUUUUUUUAUAAUUAUUAGAAAAUUUAUUA